CGUACCAAAGCCGUUACGUUGCCGUGCGCCUCGCUCUUCCUUCCCUCCCAUUCUUCAACUCUCUUACGCGGGACUCUCUCUCUCUCUCUCUCUCUCUCCCCUCCGCCUUUUCGCCUCCGUCCAGGGGCCCUCCGGCGAAUUCGGUCCACGGGUCAAUCGGAAUCGCCUCCGGUCAAGCUCCGGCGGAUUCCGAUCGCCACGCGCUCUCGAUCCUCGAGGUGUGGAUAGUGCGGACGUUGCAAAUCUUGACUCUGUUAUCUUCUGGAAGAUUAUUAGCAUGAUGUGCGCAUACUUGAGACAAAGGGAUAAGCCGGUCAUUCUUCUAUCGAGUGGCGAGAUUGAUCUUUCUUGCACUGUGAGAUGAGAAGAUUUUUACCAAAAAUUGCUCUUGCACUGAUGGGCGAGCUCUUCCGGCUAUGUGUUGGCAAAAGAAUUGACUGGAGAAAGAUUUUCUAUUUUGGAGUCAUCAUGACUUUAGCUGGUGUUCUGCUUCCAAACAUCAUCUUUCCUUAUACACUGGACACAUGGUUCUCCUCUCCUCCCGUAACGAUUUCUCCAUAUGCUAUAUUCAAUGGAACUGUCCAUUUGAGUGAGACUGUCAAUGGUGCAAGGGUUGAACAAUCUCACCUAGUUCCAGCUGCCCCUGUCGCUUCUGUAAAUACUUCAACUAACUUGACUCAGUUGGUGUCAGUUGAGGAGGAGACACCUGCAGUAACUCAAGAAGAAAAGCUGCAGUCUAAUAUAUCAGAGAAGAUCAAUAUAUUGGAAGAAGAAAAGAUUUUAGCCUCACCUCUCCCUUUUCUUGCUUCCCCUCCUCCCCCUCCUCCUAAAAGAUACGUGUCCUCACUUUUGCAGAGAGACUUAUGGUCUUUGCCAACUCAUGAGGCACUGACAUAUGCGAAAAAGGAGAUUGCGCAUGCUCCACCAGUUACCGAUGAUCCAAAUUUGUAUGCUCCGUUAUUUAGAAAUAUUUCUGUCUUCAAAAGGAGCUACGAGUUGAUGGAACAAAUACUCAAAGUUUAUAUUUAUCCGGAUGGACGCCGUCCAAUUUUCCACCAACCCCACCUCAAGGGAAUAUAUGCUUCGGAAGGUUGGUUCAUGAAGCACAUGGAGGGGAACCGCCAAUUUGUCACGAGGGAUCCUGAAAAGGCUCACUUAUUUUAUCUACCUUACAGUGCACGCCAGUUGCAGAAGGCACUUUAUGUGCCUGACUCUCAUAAUAUGAGACCGCUAUCGAUUUUCUUGAGAGAUCAUGUGAAUUGGAUUGCUGCAAAAUAUCCUUUCUGGAAUAGGACACAUGGGUCGGAUCAUUUCCUCGUUGCUUGUCAUGACUGGGGCCCAUACACAGUGAAUGAGCACGAGGAACUAAGGAAAAACACUAUAAAAGCUCUUUGUAAUGCCGAUCUAUCAGAAGGAAUUUUUACUGCUGGAAGGGAUGUUUCCCUAGCAGAGACGACAAUAAGGACCCCAAGGAGGCCUCUUAGAAAUGUUGGUGGUAAGAGAGUGUCUAAGCGCCCCAUUCUUGCAUUCUUUGCUGGAAACAUGCAUGGUCGGGUACGUCCCACUCUUCUCAAGUUCUGGCAAGAUAAAGAUGAAGACAUGAGAAUUUAUGGGCCUCUGCCCAAUAGAGUCUCCCGAAAGAUGUCUUAUGUAGAGCACAUGAAGUCUAGCAAAUACUGUAUAUGCCCCAUGGGUUAUGAAGUUAACAGCCCCAGGAUUGUCGAGGCAAUAUACUACGAAUGUGUUCCUGUUAUAAUCGCUGACAACUUUGUUCCUCCUUUAAAUGAAGUCCUAGAUUGGAGUGCUUUCUCUGUCAUCGUAGCGGAGAAGGAUAUUCCAAAACUAAAGGAGAUACUAUUUGCAAUUCCAAUGAGGAAGUAUAUGUGGAUGCAAGCCAAUGUGAAGAUGGUGCAAAAGCAUUUUCUAUGGAAUCCAAGACCACUCAGAUAUGAUUUGUUCCACAUGAUUCUGCAUUCUAUUUGGUUUAGCAGGUUGAAUCAGAUCUCUCUCCCAUCGGCAUACUAACUUUCUCGCUUUCCGCUGUGGUCUGAAGUCAAAGAGUGUGCUUGAGAUCAAAUGGAUAAAUUUAUGCAACCUUAGCAGAAGAGAUUAAUUUGAACUCUCCGAAAGCGACAGCCCUGGCAUUUGAGACUAAGACUUUGGCCGUACUUCAGAAUCGAUGAUGACACUAGGACACCAAGUUGCAGCGAGACGGCCGCCCAGAUGGUGGAACACUCUUAAAGCAUGAGGCGGAUUCGGUGAGUUGGUGUGGCUUUAAACUCCAUAUGACAUUGAGGUGUACGGAGCCACUCUCUAAGAAUGUCCGACUGUACAGCAUAAUUCUUUUGUUUGAGAAACAAGACCAUCAAUUUGUUCUGUGACAACAAGCCUUCAACAGUGAUAUCCUAUUUCUUAUCAUCAAUUUCCAGGGGAGAGAUCAUUUUUU